AAGUCAAUUUGAACGGCCAAUCAGCUUUGGAUAUGUUAUCCGGCCAAGUUAACAACAGCGAAACUGCAGACAUUCUUCGUCAAGCUGGAUGUCUAGAAGCUAAAAGCUUUCCUGAGCAAGCGCGUCAGAAAUUAGCAGAGUCAUUGAAAAAAAAAAUGUCUUGGUUACAGAAAUUACGAAGAACAAUGACGCGCCAGAAUAACAUGAUAUCUAGUGACAUGAGGAAUGCUAUGCUGGUAGUAGCUGUACUGAUCCUAACAGCUACCUACCAGACUUGUCUUACUCCACCUGGAGGUGUUUGGCAGGGUAACUUAGGUGACAACGAUUCUGGUGGCCCAAUGCCCAAUGGCUUAGAUUUCAGUCCCUCAAGUGCACCUUCCACUUACUCAGGUCUACGUUGCACGCAAGCACGUGGACCUUCCACUUCCUUACGUUUAGAAUGCUUUCCCGAAGGCAAGCAACCUUCCAAUGCCACUGAUGCCACUGAAAGUAUGGUCGGGCUCUCAGUCAUGUCCACACCUAAUUUUAUAUACUUCUACGUUAUAAACACUGCAACUUUCUUGAUUACAACAACCGUAGUGUUUCUCCUACUUCCUGAUAACACAAUAAACCUGCGGCUUACCUUACCAGUCAUGUUAUUCAUUCUCUGCUACAUGGUGUCAAUGAUGUACCUAGCUCCAUUUCCAAUUCUAGAUUCCUUUCAGCUUCAACCAUAUGCACCUAUUAUUAUGGCUACUGUGCUCUUCCUUAUCGUGUGUUUGCCUAAGUUUUUCAAUCUUAAUCUCCAAUCUUAAGGGGCUAGUUUAAAUGUUUCUGCUUAUUAAGAUUAAUGCAUGUUAAUUUUCUUUUUGGGUCAGCAUUAUGGAUCUUUUCUUGUAUAAGAACUUUGAUCGUCAAAAGGAAAGUUAUCGCGUGCUUGUAUUUGCAUUUUGCUUAAUGCUAGAUAUUUUCUUAAUAUGCUACUUUUCAUGUUGAGUACUUUUUAUCUCCUGAAUUAUGAACAGACCAUGAUGUUCCCAUUUCAAUGAUACAUUGAGAACUGUCAUGCCCUCAAUAAAACAAGAGAAAUCAA